AUGGCGUUUGCGGGACUCAGUAAGCUCGUCGACAAGGCACGUGUCCAUCCCGAAGAAGGCGGCCGUGUCACAGACAGAUGGACCAAUCCCGACAUUCUUCCCGUUCUCCCUGAGAAUCGAACGUUCAACAUCAAGUCGUACUUCGGCUUCUGGGUCGCUGCCGGCAUUGCAGCGGUAUACUGGACCAUGGGCUCCACUGCCAUUGCGAAUGGUCUGAGCGCGGCGCAGGCAAUCGGCGCCAUGAUCGUAGGCGCUGCCAUUUCCUGCGGCAUCACCUGGGGAUGCAGCGAGUUCGGCAUAAAGUACGCUCUGGGCUUUCCAAUGCUGAGUCGUGCGGUCUUUGGCAUCGGUAUCCAGAGCUACUGGGGUGGCCUCGCUAUGAGUGUCAUUCUGUCGUCCCGUCCUUUCACAGACUCCCGAACAGCUUUCCCGAGAGGUGAGCAUUCGAUGUUCCCCGCCCACAUCACAACCAAAGACUUCAUCGGCACGAUGAUCUACUUCGUAAUCUUCACGGCGCUCAUGUUCGUCAAGCCAUACAAGCUCCAGCCAUUCUUCAUCACCAGCUUCAUUGGAGUCUCCUUGACGAUUCUGGGCAUGUUCAUCUGGGCCAUGGCUGUCAACGGAGGUGUUGGAGACGUCGUGGCUCCUACGGCUGCGCUUUCGACGGGAGAAACGGUCUUCCAGUUCGUGAGAGCCGUCUGCUCGCUCGCAACGACAUAUACUGGCGUCAGCAUCCGGCACUCAGACUGGACCCGCUACAGCGCCAGACCUAGAGACGCACAUCUUGCCAUCUGGAUUGCCUGCCCUCUCGUGGUCAUCAUUUCUUCAACCUUUGGAAUACUGGUUACUAGCGCUGUUAGAGGAAUCUAUGGCGAGAUUAUAUGGCAGCCCAUUACCCUGCUGGCUUACAUCCAAGAUCGUGACUACAGUGCCACGACCCGAGCUGGUACCUUCUUCGCCGGCGUCGGCUGGUUCUUGUCCCAGAUGGGAGUAAACGUGUCAUCGAACGCAGUCGCUACUGGCAUGGACCUCGCAUCCAUCAUCCCUGAAUUCAUCAAUGUCCGCCGGGGAAGCUUGAUCCUGGUCGCCAUUGCCCUCGCUACUUGUCCGUGGAAUCUCGUCAACAAUCCAGGAACCUUCAUUACCGUCAUCAGCUCGUUGGGCAUCUUCAUCUCGCCUCUCAUUGGUAUCUAUAUCGCUGACUACACCCUUGUCCGCUAUCAGAAGUACAAGGUAUCCGACCUUUACCGUGGAGACAGAAGCUCUAUCUACUGGUACCAGUUCGGCUUUCACUGGAGGUCCUUUCUGACCUGGAUCUGCCUCAUAUGGAUGAGUUUGCCUGGGUUCGCCGCCGCGAUUGAUGGCUUCGAGAUCAAUGUAGCCUGGGAGCGCAUAUUCGGUGUUUCAUUUCUCAUCGGUCUCGUAGGUGGCUUCGUCAUCUAUUUGCUUAUCUGUACGUUGUCUCCCGUGCCUGGCGCGGACAUCUAUGAGCCUUGGUCUGUCGUUGUUGGCGAGGCCGAUCAUGACGGCAGCCCGAGAAACAGUCUUGAGAAGAUUACUUUUGAGGAGACUUCUAAGAGCGUAUAG